UCCUCUCUCUCUCUCUCUCUCUUUCUCUCUCUCUCUCCAGAACAACCCACCCUCACCAUGUCUGACGAGGAAGUUGAACAGGUUGAAGAACAAUACGAAGAAGAAGAAGAGGCCCAGGAGGAAGAGGAAGUUCAGGAAGAAGAGAAGCCAAGACCCAAACUGACUGCUCCUAAGAUCCCGGAAGGGGAGAAAGUUGACUUCGAUGACAUCCAGAAGAAACGACAGAACAAAGACCUUAUGGAGCUUCAAGCUCUCAUCGACAGCCACUUUGAAGCCCGGAAGAAGGAGGAGGAAGAGCUGAUUGCACUCAAGGAGAGAAUUGAGAAACGCCGUGCUGAGAGAGCUGAACAGCAGAGAAUCCGUGCUGAGAAGGAGCGGGAGCGCCAGAACAGACUGGCGGAGGAGAAAGCCAGGAGAGAGGAGGAGGAUGCCAAGAGGAGAGCCGAAGAUGAUCUGAAGAAGAAGAAGGCUCUGUCCUCCAUGGGUGCCAACUACAGCAGCUACCUGGCCAAGGCUGACCAGAAGAGAGGCAAGAAGCAGACUGCCCGAGAGAUGAAAAAGAAGAUCUUGGCUGAGAGGCGCAAGCCCCUCAACAUUGACCACCUCAGUGACGACAAGCUGAGGGACAAGGCCAAGGAGCUGUGGGACACUCUGUACCAGCUCGAGACUGACAAGUUUGAGUUUGGGGAAAAGCUGAAGCGUCAGAAAUACGAUAUCACCACCCUCAGGAGCCGCAUCGACCAGGCCCAGAAGCACAGCAAGAAGGCUGGCGCCACAGCCAAAGGGAAAGUCGGUGGGCGCUGGAAGUAAGGAGACAGGACUGAGGCGGACCCCGAGGGAGAGACCCCCCACCCCC